ACAGGUGUUUGGCCACAGAGCAGUUCUUGCAGUGACUCAGUUUUGAGGAUUUGAGUUUUGUAUUUAUUAUUGGCUUUUAUUUCAUUGUCAUAAUGUUUAACUGGUGUGUUAUGGCUACUCUUGGUUUAUGUUUCUUAUGACAUUCUUUUGAAGGUCAGGGAGAAACUGGGAACUAUAUAUUCAUGGGUUUUUAUUCUAUUAUUCUUGUUUAUAUUUUCUUUGUUUCCACUUUACCUCUUCUGUUGCAAAUAUAGCCAACUUUCCAAAAUUGGGAUGGUUUUCAGAAACCAUUUUACUCAUUAUUUUCACCUUAAUCAUGCAAGGCCUGGAGUGAGUGAGUGAAAGAGGAACAACUUACAAUAAUAGAAGGAGAAAUAAGACAUUGAUGGCUCUUGGCAUCUGAAAGAGUGUUGCUGCCAGCUGCACACCUUGGAUAUGUGCAGGUAUUACAGCAGUAGUCAAAGCUCCCUUCUUUUCUAGUGACAAGCGGAUAUUGUGCCUCCCUUUUCUGCAUCAGUUGCAAUAAGCCCUUGGAAGAAGGUUCACGUGGGAGUAUGUAAAGCCAAUGUAGCGUCAAGAGACGUAACUGUUGACCCUUUUUUGUAGUUUAGUCGUACCUGUUACCCCUUGCCCGCACAAUGUCUCGUAACGACAAAUCCAAAACCGGGAGCUUCGUAAGUAAGCUGGACAAGGUGCUCCUGGGAAGUUCAAAGAAGAAAACCAUUGGGAAGGAGAGAGGCACUCACAUCCCAAGACCCAACUCUGAUCUCGAUCUUAACGAAAUAGAGGAGGAUCAGUACAACCUCGACAACCUCAGCGAUGAACAGGUUAAAGCCAAGUUUCAGCAGAUGAUGACGGACAUGAACAUCCCAGAAGAGAGCAUGAUGCUAGCCAACACAUCUGUUGAUAAAAUGAGGCUCAUGUUGGCCAGUAACCACAAGGUGAUGGCUCAGACACAGCACAGACUAGAGACUCCGCAGGACUACAUCGAGUACCUGAAGCGUGACGACCUCAGCGUCAAGUCCAUCUUCAAGAAUCUGGAGAGCCUACAGGUGGCACUGCGGAGCAACAAGAUCCAGUGGGUGCAAGAGUUUGCGCAGAAGGGUCUCAAGUGCCUAUUAUCCAUCCUGAAUGAGUGCUACAGGAGUGCGCAAGAAGGUGGCAAUAAUAACCGUCAGUGGGACAAUGUGCAGUAUGAAGCCAUCAAGUGCCUCAAGGUUAUCUGCAACAACAUUGUGGGCAUUAAGGAGUUCUUCAGACAACCAGAAGGCUUCACCCUCCUGGCACAGUCCCUCAACCCCUCAAAGCCCAAUAUCAUGCUGGAGGUCUUGAGACUCCUCUGCAGUUUCUGCCUCCCCAUCUGGCAGCAAGAUGGGCUGGAUGGGCACAGAGAAGUCUUGGAUGCCAUCACUAUUGUGGGAGAGCUCAAGAAGCAGGAGAGGUUUACACCCAUCAUCAUGGGGCUGGGCAUGCAAGGCAAUGACCCCUUAAGGCUCAGCUGCCUUUCGCUCAUCAAUGCCAUCAUCAACUUUGUGCCCGAUGAUAACCUUGACUUCCGGAUGCACUUGAGGAAUGAGUUCAUGAGGAUGGGCCUGCAGGACCUCUUAGAGAUUCUAAUGAGCAGCGAGCAUAGUGACAUGAAGACGCAGCUGGAGGUGUUUAACAACUCGAGGAAGGAGGACUUUGAGGACUGGCAAGACCGCUUCUUCACACAUGUGGAUGAGAUGGAGGAUUUAGGACGCUGCUUUGAGAUUGUCAGGCAGCAAGUACAAGACUCCAACUGCGAGAUGCCUCUUCUGUCCAUCUUGCAGCACCUUGCCUUUAUCAGGGAUGAUGAGAAUGUCAGACCAGCCUACUUUAAAUUAAUAGAGGAGUGCAUUUCACAGAUUGUCCUACACAGAAAUGGGUGUGACCCAGAUUUCCGAGCCACAAAAAGGUUUGAGAUAAAGCUAGAUAACCUUCUAGACCAAUUCAAAGAAGAGACACGUAACAAAAAUGAAAAGCUAGCAUCAGAGUACCAGAUACAGUUAGAAGAAGCUCUUACCAAAAAUCAGAAGCUAGAGGCUGAACUGUCACUGGUCAAGAGUCGCUAUGAAGAGGCCCUGAAACACGGUGGAGAUCCAGGUAAAAAGGGUGGAUUACCAACUGUACCUGGUUUAGAGCAGAUGGUAGGUGGUGGACCUCCUCCACCUCCCAUGCCUGGAGGUGGUCCUCCACCACCUCCACCUCCACCUGGAAUGGGAGGACCACCUCCUCCACCACCACCUCCAGGUAUGGGUGGUCCUCCACCACCUCCACCUCUACCAGGGAUGGGAGGACCACCUCCUCCGCCACCGCUUCCAGGUAUGGGUGGUCCUCCCCCUCCUCCUCCGCCUCCAGGUGGUCCCCCAGGUCCCCCUCCUCCUCCAGGAAUGGGUCCACCUCCACCUCCAGGCAUGCCUGCAAUGAGACCGCCAGUAGAGUCCCUGCCAUACGGCAUGACACUAAGGAAAACAAUAAAGCCACCUGCCCAAACAAAACGGCUCCAGUGGAACAAAGUGACACCAAACAAGAUGAGCGAAAACAGUUUAUGGGUUCGUCUCAACAAGAAGGACAUCAAGGUCAAGCAGGACGUGUUGAAGGACCUCAGCGAAAGGUUUGCUGUGAAGCAGGUGAAAAAGAAGAAUGUGGAGCAAGUGGAAAAGGCCACGAAGAAGGACAAGGAGCUGCGUGUGCUGGACCAGAAGACCAACCAGAACCUGUCCAUUGCCCUCCGAGGUCAGUUCAAGCAUAUGAGUCUGGACGAUAUUCGGCUGGCCAUCCUACAAUGCGACGAGUCCAUCCUCUGUGUGGACUCCACUGGUGCACCAGACUCAUCUACACUGCAGACACUGAUCGUGGCCAUGCCAGAUCACGAGAUCAUCAAGAAGCUCACAUCACUGGAGGACCCAGAAGAAGACCUUGCAGAGGGUGAACGCUUCGUACACAGAAUAGGCAAAAUCAAGAAGCUGAUUCCACUCCUCAAAAACAUGGCCUUCAAGACAGAUUAUCCAUCCUUAGUCAAGGAAACCCGGCUGGACAUCGUGAACACCAAAGCUGCCCUGGAUGAGCUCAUCAACUCCAAGAAGUUUGAGAGGGUGUUGUCUUAUAUCCUGGAGUUCGGUAAUGUUCUGAAUGCGGGCUCCAGAAAUGCUGACACCCUAGGGUUCGACAUCAGUUUCCUGCCCAAGUUGUCAAACACAAAGAAUGCAGAUGGCCACACUUUACUGCAUUACUUGGCAGAGACAUUGAUGAAGGAGGAACCUGAAAGUGCAGACUUUGAAGAUGGCCUCUUGCAUUUCUCUGAUGCAGAAAGAGUCAACGUGGAGGCAGUUAAGGCCAAUAUCGCAAAGAUGAAGAAGGAGAUCAAGAACAUUGGCAACGAUCUGCAGAGGCACACGAAACAAGACCCAGAAGACAAGUUUAAAGAGAAGUUUGAGGAAUUCCACCGGACAGCUGAAGAGGAUGUGUCUCUUUUGGAGACCGAGUUUGACAUGAUGCAGAAGAGGUUCGUGCAGGUGUCAGACCUCUUCACCUUUGAGGUCAACAAGUACUCGCAGGAGGACUUCUUCAGGGACAUCAACGAGUUUAUUGCUUUAUAUAAACAAGCCAAAGAACAAAUUGUCAAGGAGGAGGAGAAGCGACAGAGGGACCGCGAGGCUAAGGAGCGUGCAGAACGAGAGAAGGUGGAGCGUGCAGAGAGGGACAACCGGCAACGGGCCUUACACGAUGUCACGAACGACCAGAGUAACACGGAGGUUGUGGAUCAGCUGAUGCAGCUCAUCAACACAGGCCAGGCCUUUGAUGUCAUGGGAGCAGGACGUAGGAGGCGGCCAGGCAAAACAACAGCCGAGAGAAGGGCCCAGCUGAAUCGGAGCCGGUCGCGUUCCGGUUUGGCCGCACAGUCGCCAACUAGCAACAGAGAAAUUAAACUGACGGACACCAUUGAUGUGGAUGUAGAAAACCAGCCAGCGCGGUCAUCUCGGCCUCGCACUCGGCGGCCAGGACUUCCGACAGGCCUGGAGUCACGCGAUAGGAGUUUCAACCAACAACAGAAUACCGUCAAUGGGGAUUCCUCCGAUGCCUUGCUGCAGAGACUCCGGGAAUUGUAAAGAGACAAGAGAAAGAGGAAGAAGAGUCUUGCAGGAGACACUGAGUGUCUCAGCAUUUAUAUCUGUUGAUAUUAUUCAUAAUGAUCACCAUUUAUUAUUAUUAUUAUUAUUACUAUUAUUAUUAUUAUUGGUAUUCUAAAAAUGCCUAUUGAUAUCGAUAUUAUUAUUAUUGGUAAU